GUCUGAGCGGACGUCCCCUCCAGCCGAGCACCGUGACACCGACCACAGGCUGAAGGAGCUGCCGGAGAAGCUGCACUGUUCCCCGGGGAGACGAGUAGAGACCACGCCGUACCACCAUGCACGUCAUUAAGAGAGAUGGACGCCAAGAGCGCAUCAUGUUCGAUAAGAUCACCUCUCGUAUCCAGAAGCUCUGCUACGGGCUGAACUCUGAGUUCGUGGACCCGACUCAGAUCACGAUGAAGGUGAUCCAGGGUCUGUACAGCGGCGUCACCACCGUGGAGCUGGACACGCUGGCUGCGGAGAUCACCGCCACCCUCACAACCAAACACCCCGACUACGCCAUCCUCGCCGCGCGGAUCGCCGUCUCCAACCUGCACAAGGAGACGAAGAAGGUGUUCAGCGAGGUGAUGGAGGACCUGUACAGCUACAUCAACCCUCUGAACAGACGCCACUCCCCCAUGAUCUCCAAGGAGACCCUCGACAUCGUUCUCGCCAACAAAGACCGCCUCAACUCAGCCAUCAUUUUUGACCGAGAUUUCUCCUACAACUUCUUCGGCUUCAAGACGCUGGAGCGCUCCUACCUGCUGAAGAUCAACGGCAAAGUGUCGGAGCGGCCGCAGCACAUGCUCAUGAGAGUUUCUGUCGGAAUCCACAAAACAGAUAUCGACGCCGCCAUCGAGACCUACAACCUGCUCUCAGAGAAGUGGUUCACCCACGCGUCUCCCACGCUCUUCAACGCAGGAACCAACAGGCCUCAGCUGUCCAGCUGCUUCCUGCUCACCAUGAAGGACGACAGCAUCGAGGGCAUCUACGACACGCUGAAGCAGUGCGCCCUCAUCUCCAAGUCAGCGGGAGGAAUCGGCGUGGCGGUCAGCUGCAUCAGAUCAACGGGGAGCUACAUCGCCGGCACCAACGGAAACUCCAACGGGCUCGUCCCCAUGCUGAGGGUCUACAACAACACAGCACGUUACGUGGACCAGGGCGGCAACAAGCGGCCCGGCGCCUUCGCCAUGUACCUGGAGCCGUGGCACUUUGACGUGUUCGACUUCCUGGAGCUGAAGAAGAACACGGGGAAGGAGGAGCAAAGAGCCAGAGAUCUGUUCUACGGCCUGUGGAUCCCCGACCUGUUCAUGAAGAGAGUGGAGAGCAACCAGGACUGGUCUCUGAUGUGUCCCAGCGAGAGCCCCGGGCUGGACGAGUGCUGGGGGGAGGAGUUUGAGAAGCUCUACACCCAAUAUGAGCGGGAGGGCCGGGUCAAGCGUGUUGUGAAGGCUCAGCAGGUGUGGCACGCCAUCAUCGAGUCCCAGACGGAGUCCGGCACGCCGUACAUGCUCUACAAGGACGCCUGCAACAGGAAGAGCAACCAGCAGAACCUGGGCACCAUCAAGUGCAGCAACCUCUGCACCGAGAUCGUCGAAUACUCCAGUGGCGAUGAGGUCGCCGUCUGUAACCUGGCCUCCAUCGCUCUCAACAUGUACGUCACCCCCGAGCGGACCUUUGACUUCAAGAAACUGGCGUCUGUGACCAAGGUUAUCGUGAAGAACCUGAACAAGAUCAUAGAGAUUAACUUCUACCCAGUGCCCGAGGCGGACCAGUCCAACAAGCGCCACAGGCCGAUCGGAAUCGGCGUCCAGGGCCUGGCCGACUGCUUCAUCCUGAUGCGUUACCCCUUCGAAAGCCCAGAGGCUCAGCUGCUGAACAUCCAGAUCUUUGAGACCAUCUACUACGCCGCCCUGGAGGCGAGCUGCGACCUGGCGGCCGAGCUGGGCCCCUACGACACGUACGCCGGCUCCCCCGUCAGCAAGGGCAUCCUCCAGUACGACAUGUGGGAGAAGACGCCCACCGACCUGUGGGACUGGAAGCUGCUGAAGGAGAAGAUCGCCAAGCACGGCGUGAGGAACAGCCUGCUGCUGGCGCCGAUGCCCACGGCCUCCACCGCCCAGAUCCUGGGCAACAACGAGUCCAUCGAGGCCUACACCAGCAACAUCUACACCCGCAGGGUCCUGUCCGGAGAGUUCCAGAUCGUCAACCCCCAUCUGCUCAAAGACCUGACGGAGCGAGGGCUGUGGGGCGAGGAGAUGAAGAACCAGCUGAUCGGUCACAACGGAUCCAUUCAGGACAUCAAGGAGAUUCCAGACGAUCUGAAGGAGCUUUAUAAAACAGUUUGGGAAAUCUCCCAGAAGACGGUGCUGAAGAUGGCGGCCGACCGCGGCGCCUACAUCGACCAGAGCCAGUCCAUGAACAUCCACAUCGCCGAGCCCAACUACGGCAAACUGACAAGCAUGCACUUCUUCGGCUGGAAACAAGGUCUGAAGACAGGGAUGUACUACCUGAGGACGAAGCCUGCCGCCAACCCCAUCCAGUUCACCCUGAACAAGGAGACCAUGAAGGAGGCGCAGCCAGACAAAGUCUCGGAGGAGGAGCUCAAAGCGCUGAACACGGCCGCCAUGGUUUGUUCUCUGGAGAACAAAGACGAUUGCCUCAUGUGUGGAUCCUAAUCAUUUCCUCUCUCCACUCGUUUCUCUCUGUAUCUGCUGAAACUCUGUGUGUUCGCCGGCUCUGACUUGAUGCUGAAUCUCUUGGGUGAUGAACAGGAUGUUUUCUUGGUGCUUCACUCUCAAAGAUUCACAAAUCUACAAAGCAUUUUUCAUGACUCCUUCUCUGGCUCACUGUGGGACAUUGUUUAAAUGUAUAGAAUGAAUUUAAUGACAUGUCCUGUUUACUCACAGAUGUCAAUGGGAAAACUACAUGUACUUAACACAAACUUUAUUUUAUGUUGGAAAUCUAAUAACUUUGUAAUAAAAA